GCAUUCACUCAAAGGCAGUUCAAAUCGCCUGCAUCGCCGACCUUGGCGGGCACUCGAAGACUGUUAACCAACCACACAUCGCACGCCCUACGUCUCUGGCAACUCCCCAUCAAUCAUUUGUUCAAGCCACAACAUGUUCCCACCAUACUUUGGUGGGUUCGGACCUGGUUAUGGCCCGAUUCACCCUUCGCUCAGUCCCUUUGGGCCGCCAAUGCCGAAUCCGCGACAAAUCCUGCAAGGGUUACCGACUGAGGUAUUGGAACAAAUGGCCUUCUCCAUGACGGCAGAGGACCGUCCCUCGACCGAUUCGAGGUAUAAGCGAGCAUACGCGGACAAGGGCACGCCAUACCCAAUCUCCGCCCAGGAACUCGACAUCCUACAAAACCCCAUGUAUGGCGUCAAUCUCCGCCCGCUGCCUUUUCCGGUGCCGAUGCCAGUCGCCUGCGCAAAGCUGAUCAAGCGCCUUAACGCACCGCCCUCGACCGCAAGAUGUGCCGCAGCGGCCCGUAUCAACUCCACAAAAGGGACCAGGAUAACGUGGGAUCUAAUGGUGAAGAUCUUCAACGACCUCGACACUUGCGUCUAUGGCGGCGAUUUACAUCACCGCGUCCGCCUAGACGCAUGUCCGUUGCCCUCUAGUGCACUAGGCGUGACCCGCAACUGCGGCAUCCCCGGCAUAAAGCGCAUCCAUAUGUCCAUUACGACCAAUACUGACUGGUCUGACGUUACACAACAUCCGCAUGCUCAGAUUCUUGGCGUUCUGAUCCACGAGAUGUUACAUGCCUACUAUUUCGUCUGGUGUGGUAACCAGGCUGAUGUAGGGGACACUACUGGUCAUGGCCGGUACUUCCACACAGCAGCAGCAGAGAUCGAGAAGUUACUGAACAUUACAAUCCGGCCCGAAACGGCACUGCUGCAAGUCAGGCAGUCGUUGGGCAUGUGGCCGCCGUGCCAGGGUCCGUUGAUGUACGGUCAAGGUCGCUAGCCAUGCAGGCCGGCUGGUACUGAGUGCAUAGUGACUUUGUGAAGUCAACCUGGAUGCUAGCCCUAAUCAAUGCCUGAUGGAGCUGUAUGCACUGCGGAACCCGUGUGUCCUGCGGUCACUGAUCGACCAAGCUGAUAUACUCCCCCUUCUGACACUUCUACAUAUCCAGGGGACCAUUUUGCCCACGAUUGCGGUACGAAACAGUAUCUCAAUCCCUGGCGAUACCCAUCUCCAUAACAUUCUGCCCCCUCCCAAGACUAUCCGAUCCGAAGCCAAGUCUUACCAUUGCCAGCUAUGCGGCCUCCAAAAGGUCUGUAUGGAGAGUAUUCCACCAAGCGAUCAUCACAAAGUUCGGAG